CACAGGAAACGCUUCAGAACUUUUCGAGAACUCGCAGAUGGGAAUCUAUAGUAGUUGUAUACCAAAGCGAAGCGGUGCGACCUCCUCUCGCAGCAGCAAAUCGAAAGGAUUUUAUCGCUUCGACGAUUCGUAACCGUGUGAAAUAAAAUAUAAACAAAAAAUAAAAAGAGAAAGAAAGAAGUGUUUUCUGUGCAUUCAAAGGGAUUACUACUUAUUAUUAAGAGUGUAGUGCGCUUUAUAUAAACUUUAACUGCGAGUUCUAAUUGAUUGAAAGAUUGAAGACUGUAUAGUAAAAGAGUUUAUUAGAGAGAGGCAAAGAUUGAGCGAUCGACUCUUGCGGAUUUUAAAGAAUAAAAACAAAAUCAACCCCAGCAAAAUGGUGGGCAGCAACGGCACUAUGAUGGCCAUCCGUAUUGUUCGCAGCAAGCUGAGGAAACGGGAGGAACACUCGAACAGCGUCCAUCCAGCUGACGUCGUUCUGCAGACCUCUCCCGCCCCACCACCAUCAUCACACAAUCUCCAUAACAACCACCUCAACAACAACAACAACAAUCACCACCACCACCAGCAGCAAGCACUAGGAGGCGCUACCACGACAACCGCCCCUAGUAACGCCAUCGUCAACCCUAGCAACAACGACCUGGCCUACCGCGGACAGUUUCUCUGGCAGACGCCGCCACCUCCGACGCAGCAGCACCUGUACAACAACAACCAGGAUGCGCUUGUACAAGGUCUACCGACGACGGAGAGGACGGGUUUCGUCCGCGGCUUCAGGAAGAAUUUGGGCGGUCGCUGGCGACGAUUGGUCAAGAGGAAACCGGAAACGGAAGUCUACACGAUACCGGCGGAACUGAAACCGCAGCUCAAGCAGAUCUACGUUUACUGAUUUUAUUUUUUUUUGUUUUGAUUACAAAUCAAUCAAUCAAUCAA